GACGUGUCAUGGUAGACCCAGCUGAUCCACUGUGGCGUGUGUUUGACGUGGCUUUUGUUUCCAGUCCAGGCUCGGACCACCGCUGGAAAACGUCUGUAUUGUCAGUGUGUGAUUGGACCUGACGGGAACAUCAGCGUCCAGGAGGUUCUGCUGGUUCUGAGUCCAUUAGACAGCAGGGAGUGAUCCUGCCUGAUCUGGACCUGAUCUGGACCUGAUCUAGACCUGAUCUGGACCUGAUCUGGACCUGGAACCUGAACUCAUGUGUUUAACGCAGCGUCACAGAGGUGAGAAUGACCUUUGACCCCGUCACAAAGGUGGGGAUGACCUUUGGCCCUGUCACAGAGGUGAGGAUGACCUUUGACCCCAUCACAGAGGUGAGGAUGGCCUUUGACCCCGUCACAGGGUUGAGGAUGACCUUUGACCCCGUCACAGAGGUGAGGAUGACCUUUGACCCCAUCACAGAGGUGAGGAUGGCCUUUGACCCCGUCACAGGGUUGAGGAUGACCUUUGACCCCGUCACAGAGGUGAGGAUGACCUUUGACCCUGUCCCAGACUUGAGGAUGACCUUUGACCCCAUCACAGAGGUGAGGAUGACCUUUGACCAAAUCACAGAGGUGAGGAUGACCUUUGACCCCGUCACAGGGUUGAGGAUGGCCUUUGACCCCGUCACAGGGUUGAGGAUGACCUUUGACCCCGUCACAGAGGUCAGGAUGGCCUUUGACCCCAUCACAGAGGUAAGGAUGACCUUUGACCCCAUGCCAUGGCAGACCCUGGCUCCUGGACCUGAUGCUGGGUGGAGUCUGGACGUUUGUUACCCAGAAAAGUGUUGACACCCAGACUAGCCUUGAAGCGUGACCCUGCCCACCUGUCACCUGUUCUCUGAAUACCAGAUAUGUCCCGCCCACCUGUCACCUGUUCUCUGAAUACCAGAUAUGUCCCGCCCACCUGUCACCUGUUCUCUGAAUACCAGAUAUGUCCCGCCCACCUGUCACCUGUUCUCUGAAUACCAGAUAUGUCCCGCCCACCUGUCACCUGUCCUCUGAAUACCUGACGUGUCUGUACUUUCAUUUCCAGGUGUCGAACCAACAGGGAUUCUGAGAAAUGACUCAACAGGCAGAAGCUGAAAGGAAGUGCUCAUUGGUCAGUGGGGGCGUCUCAGAUGAGCUGCCAUUGGCUCACAUACCUGUCAAUCACAGGAGACCCAUAUGGUCCGCCUUCUACAGCUGUAAACACACACAGACAGACAGACGGACAGAGACAGACAGACGUCCAACAGCAGGAGGACCAGGACUAGGACCAGGACCAACACCAGGACCAAGACCAGGAUCAGGACCAGGACCAGGACCAGGACCAGGACCAGGACCAGGACCAGGAUGGGCUCGAGUAGCUCCAGACUGGACCGGGUCCCAGGUGCCAAAGACCUGAUGGAGGAAACUGGAUUCUCUGAAACCAACAUCCUCUGUCUGUACGACAGGUUCGAGGUCCUGGACCGAGAGGAGAGAGGAUACCUCAGACUGGAGGAUUUCGAGGCCAUUCAACAGUUGGCUGUGAAUCCCAUUGGAGACAGAAUCAUCGGUGCUUUUGUUUUUCCAGGACGGGAAACCUUGGACUUCCCGUCCUUCGUCCGGGUUUUGGCCCAUUUCCGUCCGACGGACACGACCUGGAGCCGAUCCGGAUCCCAGCCAGAACCAGCCAACAGCAGAACCAGGAAGCUCCGAUUCGCCUUCAGCCUCUACGACCAGGACGGAGAUGGAAAGAUCUCCAGAGCAGAACUCACUGAGAUGCUGCAGGCGAUGCUGGGAAUGCAGGUGACAGACGAGCAGCUGCAGAGCAUUGUGGGUAGAGCCAUCCAGGAGGCCGAUCUUGACAGGGAUGGCGCCAUCUCCUUCGACGAGUUUAAAAAGAUGGCAGCGUCAGGUCAAACAGGACUGAAGUCAGUGUCCAGCAUCAUGUACCGGACAAAACAACAACAACAACAACAACAGUACAUCUGUGGAGAAGGAGGAACAGAGCAGGCAGCUGACGCAGCAGUUCAACAGGAAGUGAAGGUGACAUUCAGCUGAGGGUUCAUCACAGAACAGAAGGAGAACAGGAACAGAACCAGAACAGAAGCAGAGCAGAUCCAGAACAGAAGGACCAGAACAGAACAGAAGAACCGUGGAAGCAGACACCGCACAGACCCGACCAUGGCCGUCCACCUCCUGCU